GAGAAAAUGCGUUCCUACAUUCUGAUUGUCCUCUUCGCCCUGAUUGCCCUGGCUGCUGCUCAAGGCGGACCACAAGGUGGACAGCAGGGUGGCCAAGGAGGACCUCAAAAUGGUCAGCAAGGAGGCCAGCAGGGAGGCUCCCAGGAAGGAUCCCAGGGUGGACAACAGGGAGGCCAGCAGCAGGGAGGUCCUGGCGGUCCAUGGGGUCUGCCUCCGAAUGGAACCGAACUCUCCAACAGUACCACAACUUCGACCACUGAGGCUAGCACCACUGAAUCCAGCACCACUGACGUUUCCUCAUCAUAGGAAGCUAAUCAAAAACUCUUGUAUUAAUCGAUCCUGUAUAUAACUAAAGAGUACCUAAUCACAAUGUCCUAUUAAACAUAUAAACUUUAAAAGUGAAAAU